GCGUGGCCUCGGUCUUUAAAGGGGACGCGCGUAGGGUGGCCCUGGGUCUCAGCCGGCCUGCCGCCGUACCUCGCCGUUGCAACCUGCGAGCCAAGGAGGCCCGCCCGCCGCUGCCCAGACGUCCCGGACCAGGCGCGAGGAUGGCCGACCAGGUGCUGGUGACUGGAGGCGCCGGCUACAUCGGCAGCCACACGGUCCUGGAGCUGCUGGAGGCAGGCUACCGGCCCGUGGUGAUCGACAACUUCCACAACACCGUCCGAGGGGAGGGUCCCGUGCCCGAGAGCCUCAGGCGAGUGGAGGAGCUCACCGGCAAGAAGGUGGAGUUUGAGGAGAUGGAUAUUCUAGACAAGGCGGCGCUGCAGGGUCUCUUUAAGAAGCACAGUUUCUCGGCCGUGGUCCACUUUGCGGGGCUGAAGGCAGUUGGGGAAUCGGUGCAGAAACCUCUGGACUAUUACAAGGUCAAUCUCACAGGGACCAUCCAGCUGCUGGAGACCAUGAAAACCCAUGGGGUGAAGAACCUGGUGUUCAGCAGCUCGGCUACCGUGUACGGGAACCCCAGCUACCUGCCCCUGGACGAGAACCACCCCACGGGGGGCUGCACCAACCCCUAUGGCAAAUCCAAGUUCUUCAUCGAGGAGAUGAUCCAGGACCUGUGUCGGGCAGAGAAGGACUGGGAACGGGUGGCUGGGCGGAAAGAACUUCCCAACCCCAUGGGGCCCAUUGGGAUGGGCGGACCCACAGGGCCCCAGGGCAACCCUGGUGCCCCCCUCCGGUUCCCAGGGUCCCCAAGGGGCCGGGAUGGGCCUGAGGGGCGCCGGGAGAUCCCGUAUAGGAUCGUGGCCCGCCGGGACGGGGACGUGGCCGCCUGCUAUGCCAACCCCAAGCUGGCCCAGGAGGAGCUGGGCUGGACGGCCGACUUCGGCCUAGACAAGAUGUGCGAGGACCUCUGGCGGUGGCAAGAACAGAACCCGAUGGGAUUUGGCAGCCAGGCCUGAUGGGCCGCUGGGGCCGUCGGAAACGACGGACUGCCCCCACCUGAGCUUUCACCCAGCCUUAUUCCAUUUCUGGCCUGCUGAGGACCAAGGGAAGGAGGGAGGGGCACCAAGUACCUGCCUCAGAGCCCACCUAGCUCCUCCCUGGGGGCCGAGCCUGCCAGGGAGGGCUCACCUUCCUACCUCACCCCCACCUAGGGGACCUCCUUCCUCCAGGGAGCUGAAAACGCCCAGUCCCUGCCCACCAGGACCAGGCCCAUCCAAGAGGAGCCCUCAUGGUCCCCAAAUCACGGGGGAGAGGGCAGUGGGUGGGUGCAGUCCCAGCCCCCUCCCCAAAUCAUUUCAAGUCUUGUAAUCGGGUUGGCAAAUAAAAGUUUCUUACACUUUG